AUGGUUCCGGAAGAAAGAGAAGGAACUUUGGAACCUGAAGGCCUGGUCGAGCAGCUGUGUGGGAUGGCAGCGUCCAGUUGGACUGUGCUGCAGGGAAGAAUUGGGCGCCCAGAGAACCCGUUCCGAGUGGCCCUGGAAUACAUCUCGAGUGGAAACCGAAGCUUGUCUGCAGUGGACUUCUUUGCCCUGAAAAACUGCAGCGAAGGAACAUCCCCGGGCUCCAAGAUGGCCUUGCAGAGUUCCUUCACUUGCUGGAACGGAACAGUCCUCCAGCUCGGGCAGGCCUGCGACUUCCACCGGGACUGUGCCCAGGGAGAAGAUGAGGGCCAGCUGUGCAGUAAACUCCCUGCUGGUUUUUACUGCAACUUCGAGGAUGGAUUCUGUGGCUGGACCCAAAGCUCACUGUCACCCCACACGCCCCAGUGGCAAGUCAGGACCUUAAAGGAUGCCCGGUUCCAGGACCACCAAGGUACCACCUGCUCUUCCCUUCCCCUGGUGCCCACCUGGCCACACAAUAGACUUGGGGCACCACCCCAGAGGCACUGGACCUCCCCCAAGGACCUGCCCUGGGGCCACGCCCUGUUGCUCAGCACCACCGAUACCCCCACCUCUGAAAGUGCUACGGUGACCAGCGCUACGUUUCCUGCACCGAUGAAGAACUCUCCAUGCGAGAACUUGGCUCAGCACAAGGAGUGA